CAGUUGGCGGCCCAUUUACGCAGACGUGUCUUCCUGCACCUGUAAAUCUACCUGUUUCUUCAUCGUUCUUCAUUCUUCUUUAAUUUAAUGGAACCCUAAUUCAUCAAAUAUACCAUAAAUUCUUCAGCAAAAUCGUAACAAUCUGCAUUUAUUCCCUCGUUAUACUCGUCUCCGUUCUUCGAUCUACAUUUUCAGCGGCUCAAAGCAGUUAAAAAGUUGCAGGAUUUGAAUUCUGGAGGUUGCAUUUUUAACAAGCGAUAUACUGAUAUAUCAAUACAUGUAAUGUUAUCAUAUUCAUAACAUUAUAUCAUAGGAGAUGGCGUUUUAUUCUCAAGAGGAUUCCGGCGACGAUUACCUGUUUAAGAUUGUGUUAAUUGGCGACUCGGCUGUUGGAAAGUCAAACUUGCUUGCUAGAUUUGCUAGAGACGAGUUCUACCCGAAUUCAAAAUCGACAAUAGGAGUAGAAUUUCAAACGCAGAAAAUUGAAGUUAAAGGAAAAGAAAUUAAGGCCCAAAUUUGGGACACUGCUGGUCAAGAACGGUUCAGAGCAGUUACGUCUGCUUAUUAUAGAGGUGCGGUUGGAGCUCUUUUGGUUUAUGAUAUUAGCAGACGCCAAACGUUUGAUAGCAUCGGCAGAUGGCUCAAUGAACUUCACACUCACUCGGAUAUGAAUGUAGUAUCGAUACUUGUUGGAAACAAGUCGGACCUUAAAGACGCGAGGGAGGUUUCUACCGAGGAAGGGAAGAUGUUGGCGGAAUCCGAGGGUUUAUUUUUUAUGGAAACUUCGGCCUUAGAUUCAUCCAACGUGACAGCUGCAUUUGAGACUGUUGUCAAAGAGAUAUACAACAUUUUGAGCAGAAAAGUUAUGCAGUCUCAGAAACACGAGCCUUCUUUAUCGGGAAAUGGAAAAACCGUUGUUUUGGAGACCGAUUCGGACCAAGAUAAUGUACCUAAAAAAACCUGGUGUUGUUCAUCUUAAAGUUAAUGAUACAAAGAAAUGCACAUGUUCUAUCCUUAAUUGUGGCUGUGAGUGUUUUUUUCAAUCUUUUUGGUUUUGUGAAUUAUAAGGUUAAGUGUAUCAGAAGAUAUGUGUAUCAUGUGAUGAUUUAGAAAGAAAAAGGAAAAAAAAAAAGGAAAAACGGGAUUUUAUUUUGAUCAAUAGGCGCUCUACGAUUAAACCUAAAAGCUCGAAGCUGCUAGAAGCUUGAUCGAGCCUAGGGUGUGAGCUCGAGCUAGGAUUGUUUUAGAGUUCUAUUUAUAAAGCUUAGCUUUUGAGUAAUUUUUCAAACUCGAACCUGGCUCAGUCUAUUUAUUUAAUUAUCAAUUUAUUUUUUUAUUUA